AUGCCCUGGGGGCUGCAGAAGGUGCCUGGGGAUGUGUCUGUGGUGUCGUCAGAGGCAGCUGCUCCAUGCAGGCUGUGUCAGGUGCUGCCUGCCCAGGGCAAGGGCCAGGUGCAGCAGGCACCCUGCAGCACCAGUGUGGGCACCACUGUGGGACAGCACUGCACUCGGAGGAUGAGGGCUCUCAGCUCUUGUGGUGUCUGCUGCCUGAGCAUCGCUGCCUUUACAUGUGGCAUGGUGAUGCAGGUGGGAGCCUGGACAUACAACUACAGCAAGGAGGACUUUGAGUGGAACAAUGCCAGGAGAUACUGCCAGCAGUUCUUCACCGACCUGGUGGCCAUCCAGAACAAGGAGGAGAUUGAGUACCUCAAUCGCACCCUGCCCUAUCAUAGCAAAUACUACUGGAUUGGCAUCCGCAAGCAGAGGGGUGUCUGGACCUGGGUGGGUACCGAGAAGGUGCUGACAGAGAAAGAAGCCAACUGGGCCACUGGGGAGCCCAACAACCGCAGGUCCAACCAGGAUUGUGUGGAGAUCUACAUCAAGCGGCAGCUGGAGGCAGGCAAGUGGAACGAUGAGCCUUGUACGAAGAAGAAGAAGGCACUGUGCUACAAGGCCUCCUGCCAGCCCUUGCUCUGUGGCCUGCAUGGUGAUUGUGUGGAGGUCAUUCAGAGCUACAAGUGUGAGUGCCACCCUGGCUUCGAAGGGGACAACUGUGAGAAUGCCGUGCAGUGCCCUGUACUCAAGCCCAGAGGAGCGUACAUGAACUGUAGCCAUCCCUUUGGAGACUUCAGAUACAACUCCACCUGCACCUUCUGGUGCCCAGAGGGGUUUGAACGGCGAGGUGUGGAUGAACUGCAGUGCUUGGCUGAGCGGCAGUGGUCGGCGGAGACUCCCACAUGCAUAGCUGUGACCUGCCCGGUGCUCAGUGCUCCAGAGCAUGGAGAGCUGAACUGCUCCCACCUCCAUGGGAACUUCACCUUUGGCACCACGUGUGGCUUCUCCUGCCAGCCAGGAUUUGAGCUGAUGGGGUCACAGAGUCACAAGUGCAUGGCCACGGGGAAGUGGAGUGAGGACAUUCCACGAUGUAAAGCUGUCACCUGCCCGGUGCUCAGUGCUCCAGAGCAUGGAGAGCUGAACUGCUCCCACCUCCAUGGGAACUUCACCUUUGGCUCCAAGUGUGACCAUUCCUGCCAAACAGGGUUUGAGUUGAUGGGGCUACAGAGAAGUGAGUGCACAGCCAAUGGAACCUGGACUGGGGACGCCCCACAGUGCAAAGCCAUCACCUGCCCGGUGCUCAGUGCUCCAGACCAUGGAGAGCUGAACUGCUUCCAUGUCCAUGGGAACUUCACCUUUGGCUCCACAUGUUACUUCUCCUGCCAGCCAGGCUUUGAACUCAUGGGGCACAGCACCCAUGAGUGCACAGCCAAGGGGAUCUGGAAUGGGGACACCCCACAGUGCAAAGCCAUCACCUGCCCGGUGCUCAGUGCUCCAGAGCAUGGAGAGCUGAAUUGCUCCCACCCAUGGGAACUUCACUUUUGCUCCACGUGUGGCUUCUCCUGCCAGCCAGGAUUUGAGCUGAUGGGGUCACAGAGUCACGAGUGCUUGGCCACAGGGAAGUGGAGUGAGGACAUUCCACUAUGCAAAGCCAUCACCUGCCCGGUGCUCAGUGCUCCAGAGCAUGGAGAGCUGAACUGCUCCCACCCUCAUGGGAACUUCACUUUUGGCUCCACGUGUGGCUUCUCCUGCCAGCCAGGAUUUGAGCUUAUGGGGUCACACAGCAGGGACUGCAUGGCCACUGGAACCUGGGCCGGGGAUGCCUCGCAGUGCCAAGCCAUCAGCUGUCCAGUGCUGGAUGCCCCCAGCCAUGGCUACCUCUACUGUUCUCAUCCAUAUGGGAACUUCACAUUCAACUCCACUUGCACCUUUUCCUGCAAGGAAGGAUUUAUGCAUAUGGGAGCAGAGAUGCUCAGGUGUGCAGCAACAGGGAACUGGACCAGGCAACCCCCACUCUGUGAAGAGGAUUCUUCUGCCUUUUUAAAACAAGUCCUGGUUUACACCAGCACCAGUGCUCUGACAGCAGCUGGUCUUGUGCUCUCCGGAACGCUCAUCGCCUUGCUUGCCAAGCAGCUCAGUGACAGAGAGGAGAAGAAGAAGCUCCUUAACCCCACCAGUGACCUGGGGGCACCAGGAGUAUUCACCAACGCAGCCUAUGACUCCACCUUGUAAGGUGAAUGCCAGCGCAGUGCUUGCAGCACAUUGGAAGGUGUAGCAGAGCCAGGAGCCCCGUCCCCACCAGCACCAAGACCUGACGGUACUUCGCUUUGCCCUGCAGCCCCUGCAAUAAGCUGCAAUAAGGGGUUGGGACCGCACAGCUCCGUACCCACGCGUGGGCAGAACCUCUGAAGAGCAGCAGGGGCGUGGAAAAGCGGACUGCAGCGCCCUCCUGCUGGCUGCUGGGGCCGUGCUGUGGGUGCUCAAUAAACACCUUUCCCCUCGA